AUGCGAACUUGCCAGGACCGCAAGCAACGCUCAACCCUCUCUAUGACGAUGUUGUGUCCUGUCAUCGACUGGGUUGUCGACAGUCUGGGCAAGGUUCUCUUUCGCAGUGUUAUCUUCGGCGGCUCGUCAUUUCCGUCGUUUUACAAAACAAGAAUGCGCCGCAGGACGGCGACUUGGGUCAGGGCGGUACUGGAAUCCCGAACCUGUGUAUAUAUGAGCUGCUCAAGGGCCGACUUCUGA